AAUUGACCUACAUUGGGCCCCAUUUCUUGUAUCCCCACAUAUCAGUUCCAGAUGACCGUGACUUAUAUUCUAAUAAUUAGAUCAAACUUUUCUUCUCUACUAGUUACAAAGUGGAUAUUGCUUUGGUGUGAUUGAAACAAGAAUGAACAACAAGCUUCUUCUUCUUCUCCUCACUUUACUGUCCAUAACUUGCAAAUGUUACGCCUUUUCUGGUGGUGCUCCAGAACUGGUAUGCGAUGACAUGAUGCCAAUCCAUUUGGUUCCACCACAAAGGUCCAAACUUCCAUAUAUAGUUGGCGCCAAUAAUACUGAGAUCAAAGGAGGAGAAGCAGUUCAAAUAGAAAUUGGAGGAGGUAGAUUUAAGGGACUGAUGAUGGAGGUGAGAAAAGGGAAUAGAGCAACAGGAAAAUUUUUACUCGAUGAAGACGAAAACGAUUUUAAAACUAUAAAUUGUCACGGAGGUAAAAAUAAUGUUCUUUCGCAUCAGAAUAAUGCAAAUAAAAAGAAUAAAACUGUGAUAUGGAAAUCCCCAAAAAAUCCAGGAAAAUAUACUAUAUACGUCACAAUAGCCAAAGAUGGGUUUGUAUUCUGGUCAAAAAUUCCUGCAGAAGAAAUAACUGUGGUUUAAUUUAUAUUGUUUCAAAUGUAGAAAAUAUAGUGACUUAGUCAAAUUAUUUACCUAUUGUAAUAAGCAAUAAUUAGGUAUAAGAAAAUGACUAUCACAUCGUAAUGUGAUGUAAUUGUUACAUUGUGAACUAAUAUUUUUUAAAAUUCAAUAAUUUUUAUUUAUUCUUAGUAUCGAUUCAAAUGGUGGAGCCAAAGAUCGAUACAAGAAAAAUCGAGAUAAAAAAAUAUUGAUCUCGUAAAGAUCGAUUCAUUCUAUGUAAAAUAUAAAAUUAAAUUAAAACAAUAA